AUGGUGGUAGUUUUACCAAAGCAAGAUGGCUCAGUUUCAUUGCCAGUGGACCUAGAACAUGUUAACAUUUACAAUAGGAAUGAAGGUGAGGACGAAGACGUGUAUCGGCCAGAUAUGGCAAAUGAGGGUAUUGAUUUGGAGGAACAUUUAAGAGAUAGUGAUGAGAUCUUAAGAACUACUGGAGUAAGCGGUGAAUUUAAUAAAGUAGUUCUGAAUGCUUCUCAAAGAAUCUUACGUGGAGGCAAUGGUAAAAGGAAGAGGGGUGAAAGCAGUAACAAUAGAAAGAAGAACAAGUUACUUAGUACAAGUCAAAUAGCAGAUGCAAUAAGUGUGAUAGCUCAAACAACAAAGGAAGAAUCUCAACAAGCCAAGGAAACAUCAAUUCUUGAAGUCAUGUCUAUAGUCAAACAAUGGAAAGAAGUUGCAACUGACAAACAUUCGGUUUCACGAUGCAUGUCACUCUUCAUGUCCCGAGAGGUUAGGGUGAUGUUUUUGACAAUGAAGGAUGAUAAAGAAAGUGUUUUGGAGUGGUUGAGAUAUGAAUAUCACAAAAUGGUUGAUUAUUAG